UAUUUAUUUAUUUAUUUAUUUAUUUAUUUAUUUAUUUAUUUAUUUGAUCUACAACGCAUAGUUUUAACAGCGCGCAAGUGAAGGAGAGAAGGUCUGGCUCGAUCAAACAGCGUCCUGUCUGAAACAAACUCAACAUUCAGUCUCUGUUUGGUGGCCGGUGUUUAAUCUCCAUUUUCACUUCAUUUAAGACACACAGCAGCACGACACGGUUGUUAUUCUGUUGCCAAACCCCGCCUCGCUGCGCAGUUUGUGAACUCAUUUCAUAGCUCCGCUAGUCUGACUUCCUGCAGUUUUCAGUUUCGUUUCUCUAGCUUUCUCCCUGACGGACAGCAGCGAUGGCGACAGCGGCGUCUCCAGAGGAGAAGUUCUCCUGCUCCGUGUGUCUGGACCUCUUCACUGAGCCCGCAACCAUUCCGUGCGGACACAGCUUCUGCCUGGACUGUAUCGGGAGCUACUGGGACCUGAGUGACCAAACCGGCGUGUACAGCUGCCCCCAGUGCCGGGAGACUUUCACUCCCAGGCCCGUUCUGCGCAAAAGCAACGUCCUUAACGAACUGGUGGAGGAAUUGAAGAAAACGAGAAGACUCGACUCGAAAAGUAAUAUUGCAUCGCUGUGUAUCUGUUUCUGCCCAUCUUGUUCUGUGCAGAAGGAGCUGGGGGAGAGACAGGCGGAAAUAGAAAAUCUCAUUGAGGAGAGACUGAAAGAGCUGGAGAGACUGAAUCAGGCUGUGGAGUCUCUCAAGCUCUCGGCACACAAGGAAAGGGCUGAAAGCGAGCAGGUCCUGUCUGAGCUGAUCCGCUCCAUGGAGAGAAUCAGGACGGAGGUGGGAGAGCUGAUUGGAGCUAAAGAGAAGGCUGCAGUGAGUCGGGCCGACGAGCAAAGAGAACAACUGGAGCAGGAGAUCCAGGAGCUGAGAAAGAGGAAGGCUGAGAUGGAGCAGCUUUCUAAGACAGAGGAGCACAUCCACUUUCUGCAGAGUUUCCAGUCUGUCUGCGCCCCUCCUGCUGCUCAGCAGCUCUUUGAUAACAUAGACGACUCUUUCUGGACUCUGAGGAAAGCUGUGUCUCGACUCAAAGACCAUGUUGAGGGAUUCUGGAAGGUGGAGUUGAUGAAAGCAGCUAUAGCAGCGCUCUUUUCCAUGUUCCUGACGGCUCAGAUUUUGUGUUUAUAUCUGUGGAGUAGGAUGUUUGUAUCUGACAUGUUCAGUGUGUUAUAUUGUAUAUGUUUUACCCCCACUCUCUUCUCCACAGUGGACGUGACUCUGGACCCUGAUACAGCACACCCCAGACUCAUCCUGUCUAAGGAUGGAAAACAAGUCAAAGAUGGGAAUAAACGACAACCUCUCCCUGACAAUCCAAAGAGAUUUGAUACACAUAUCUGUGUCCUGGGCAGGGAGGGCUUCACCUCAGGGAGACACUACUGGGAGGUGGAGGUGGGGAAGAAGAUACACUGGGGACUCGGAGUCACCAGAGAGUCUUCUCAGAGGAAGGGGGGUAUCACUGAGAACCCCCAGAAAGGAUUCUGGACUGUUAGGUGGGAUUGUGUGGGCAGUCAGUUCUAUGCUGCGACUGAACCCGUGACUCCCCUCCCCCUGAGCCUGAAGCCCCGGAAGCUGGGGGUGUAUCUGGAUUAUGAGGGAGGGCAGCUUUCCUUUUACAAUGAAGAGACCAGAUCUCACAUCUACACUUUCACUGACACCUUCACUGAGAAACUCUAUCCACUGUUUUCUCCUGGUCUUUAUUCCUUUGGUAAAAAUGCAGCUCCACUGAUCAUCUGCCCGCAUACCUGCACUGACUAAUACAGAUUACUAGCACGAGGAACAUGAUCACAGGCUCCCCUUUUCUUAUGUUGAAGAUAUUUUGGUUCCUUGUUUUUAUACUUUUUCUUUGAGAAAUGCAGAUAUUUUAAAGAAAAAAACUAAUCCGAGAGAAUGAAAUCGACUUCAGCACAAAAAAUUAGUAUUUAUAAUAAUAAUAAAAAAAAUACUAAUACAUUACUAAAUAAUAAUUAAAAAAAAUCUACCCAUUGUGUCCACUAGGUGGGAGUGUUACUCUGUGUAAAAUGAAUUACACUAUGUAACACAAUUUUUGUUCCUGGGUAGUAAGUGUUAUUUCCUAAUUGCUUAUGCCUCAAAAGUAUAGAAAAUGGCUAUUAUUCCCCACAAACUUUGCUUUUGUGACCAGGACAGUGAUAUUUUGAAAUUUACCUAUUUCCAAUGAGAAAACAGGCGAAUUUGUGUCUUUUCGUUCACAUAAAGUCAGAAAAAAACAACAUAUGAAUCCAAAUUAACAUGUAUUUAUACUAAAGUAAUACAAAAAUUACUACAAAAGAUUUAGAAGUGAGUAGUUUUUCGAGAUUUACGAUUAUACUGUAAAUCACUUUCAGGAAUCAGCCCCCAAAUGUAGUCUCCCAUCAUGGGAGAUUUUUUUUGAGAGCCUGCAUGGAUGAAUAAAUAUAAUUUACUGUACAGUACGACAGGGGACCCAUUUUUGUGUGACACCAGCCUUGUGUAGCAAGAGCUAUUGUCCCUCACCUUCCUAUAGUGCUAAAUUCACCAAACCAAAAAAAAAACUUUUAAAGCAGUUUAUUCUAGUUUAUUUUUAACAGCAUUUAUUCAAGAAUAGAGAUCUUCAGAGGUGAUUGUAAUCUCUUUCUCUUAUUAAUACACGCUGUUUGUGCUUCAGUCAUUCUGAGUGCUUCUGGGUUCUGCAGCUCCUCCAAUAUCGAGUUCUUAUCAUUUUAGAUCCGUCUUUACCUGGCUGUGAGCUGCUGUGAUCUCGUCUGGAGAAUCCUAACAGCCGGGCGCUGGACUGCCGUCCUCACUCCAUUCAAGUCUAUAUAAAUGUAGAGUGGGCGGGGCUGGCAGAGUUGAAAGGUCACGCUGUCACGUGAUGUGAAUGGAACGCGCAAGGCUGUCUGACAGUUAGGAUUCACCAGACCAGCUCCCAGCAGAUCACAGCCAGGUAAAGGCAGAUUGUAUAAAUAGAUAGAUAGAUAGAUAGCUAUCGCACUGCAUUGUUGCUCUCCAGUGUUGUACACUUCCCAUGAAGGAUGAUGUGGGAUGGAAAGACUGUGGAUUUUUACAUUGGAGACUCUGAGUCCUACAGGACUGAAUGCAGAACACGGCUUCAGCUGUUUUCUCCCUGAUAGAUGCAUGCUUGGAUACUUCUACUGGGAAAUGCAGCGAUGUGUUCAAUCUAUGAAGUGAUGCUAUAUCUAUACACACAGUGCUUUAUAUAGCACUGAAUUGACUUGGGUUGGGGCAGCUAUUGAUAUCUUGUAAUACUGAUAGAUUAUUGAUAUUGUGAACAUAGAAUCAAAUCUAAUUUUAAAUAAGAUAAUAUUGAAAUGUGUGAUCAUAAAUUAAAAUGAAGUCUGAAGGAUGGAUGUUUUGAAAUAUUUGUAUUGUGUUUUAAUAGCACUGUUUGCGCUUUGUGAUGCUGAAUAUUUGAAUUGCGGGUUUUUCAAUGAUUGUCUCGUUAAUGAGCUCAUUGAGGUCACGUGGUAAGGUGUGUAAUGGUGAGGAGGCGUGUCUAUUCACUACAGACUGGGGAAGACCGUCUGGACAAAACGUGGCUUUGUUAUUAACUGUGUUCUUUUUAAAUAGUACAGAAUAAAGAAUGGGAAUUUGAUCUACGA